AUGUACAGUCAAAAUAUACCAGUUUUUGAAAAUAAAAUUAACACAGACUUUGGUUCAAAAUCCAUAAUUGGCUCUGGUACGUUUGGCUCGGUGUACAAAACACAGUCAACUCACGAUAAUGGCAAAUAUGCUAUUAAGAAAAUUAUUAUACAAGAUCCAAGUAUCGAGAACCGGGAGAUAGACAUACUGUCCAAACUUGAUGCUAAUUAUGUGGUAAAAUAUUAUGACUCAUGGCUGGAGACCUCUAUGGGAACGGGAGGUCCGGCCGUACUAUACAUACAAAUGGAGUUAUGCUCAUUCAACCUACGAUACGUGACCACGCUCAAAAAGACCUGUUUCAAAACACAGCCUAAUAAGGGUGUCGGUCACGUGGAGUACUUUAUAUCAUACCAUUUGUUCAAGGAGAUUUUAGAGGCUGUAGACUAUCUGCAUACAAGGGUACCGCAAAUAAUUCACCGGGAUCUAAAACCGGCAAAUAUAUUGGUGUUCCUUAAUUUGGCUCAAAAACGGUGUAUUAAGCUUGGUGAUUUUGGCCUGGCUAAGGUGCAUGCAUCGGCAUCCCAGUCCCAUACCAAGGGUGCCGGUGCCCAGAGAUACAUAGCGCCUGAAGUUGCCAGCGGGAGGUCCUAUAAUACAAAGGCUGAUGUCUAUAGUAUCGGUAUUUUUGUGGAGGAGUUGUUUAAUAUUGAUAUCAAUAAGUCAACAGAAUAUCCCGGGUUAAUCGACUUAAUGAACGAGAUGCUAACGUACUAUUAG